AUGGCAUUUCUAGACGAUCUUUUUGUGCGAUAUGGCAUCCCAGACACUUUCACGUUGAAGGAAUUAAAAAAGUUUUGCAAGAUACAUGCCAUGAAACAUCUCACUACUCAGCCAUACCAUCCGAGAUCGAAAGGACUGGCAGAACGUUUCGUAGACACGCUUAAGAGGGCGCUGAAAAAAUCUAGGAAUGAGCUACUAGCUGAUACUGCAUUGACGCAAUUCUUAAGUGUUUACUUAAUAAUGCCUAACCCCAAAACCAUUUCAGAUGAGGAGCUGGAACAGGCAAUUGCAAUGAAGCUGAUGGAAGAAAAGGCUGGAGUUUUCGAGUCUUUGUCAGACUUGUCUACGUCUGAGAAGGAGCUAGAAAUGGUAGCGAGGAAAUUGGACGAGAAGCUGGAUUAUACCUAUGCCGGUUGUAGUCUAUAUCCAAAAGCAAAGUUGUUAGCCUUUUAUGAAGCAGAACUUCUAUUCACACAACAUUGA